CGCAACAGGCAAGCUGUUUUUAGCCUCGUGUAUCUAAUCUAAAGUCUGGUCAUCGUAACUUUAAUGCUCACUGCACGCUAACGCAAUUGUUUUGUGCAGUUAGUGUACAAAUUCUUGGAAUGUCGGCCGUUUAAUUCAUCGUUGACGCUUAAAAUUUUGCAAUUAAUACACCGCAAAAUGGAGGAGGCACAAGAAGAGCGGUUGGAGCUACACCCGGUACGACGGCCGAGGAACGAGACACCGGAUACUCCAGAAAUACAGGACGGAUACGUUACUUCUGGAUCGGGAUGUUGUGUGUGCAACAUUCCUGUGGCUACUAUCUUGGCUGCUGGUUAUAUUCACAUUUCCGUUUUCCUUAUGCAUCUGUUUCAGAGUCGUUAAGGAAUAUGAACGCGCGGUCAUUUUCCGACUCGGCCGCUUGGAGCGUAUGCUCUGUAAUUUGCAGCAGAGCAAACGUUAUGAAAAUAUUUCACGUCUAUCAAUGUGUUGAAUUUUUAGAAAGUUUCUUCAAAGUGGAUAUGAGGUGCAAAAACUACGAUAUUCCGAAGCAGGAAAUCUUAACGAAAGAUUCGGUGACCGUGACUGUGGACGCAGUGGUAUAUUAUCGCGUCUUCAACGCUACUUCCUCGGUCCUGAAUGUGGAGAUGGUGCAUGAGUCGACGCGAUUACUGGCUCAGACAACGCUGCGGAACGUCCUUGGAACUAAAGCUUUACAUGAUCUGCUGGUGGACCGUGAAACCAUCAGCAACACCGUCCAAGUCCUUCUGGACCAAUCUACAGACGCCUGGGGAAUAAAGGUGGAACGCGUCGAAGUGAAGGAUGUCAGACUGCCGGUAGCCCUUCGACGUGCAAUGGCAGCAGAGGCGGAAGCCGCUCGGGAAGCUCGAGCUAAGGUUAUUGCCGCUGAGGGAGAGCAAAAGGCCGCGCGCUCGCUUAAGGAGGCUGCUGAUGUCAUCGCCGAGUCUCCGGCCGCCCUCCAACUGCGCUAUCUUCAAACCCUGAACACCAUUUCAGCCGACAAAAACUCCACCAUUAUUUUCCCGAUUCCUAUGGAUCUGGUUACACAGUUCGUGCGCCGAUAGAUGGUCAAUAUCCAAAUGUACUCGUAUCUUGGGAGAUGAAGACCCGACACCGCUAACAACAGCGCUUAUUCAGUAACUGGUGCUACAAUAUCACGCAAAAUUAAUUUUCCACAUUAUGCUUCUUUUUAUCGAAUUAAGUGUUGGCCCACGCUUUGUGAACCAAUUUAUCUGCGUCUAUUAAUUAUCUAAUUAUUUGCAUGAACUAAAAGACCAGCGUUGUCGCAGUGCCGCAUGAAUACUAAAAGUCUUACUUAAUUUUAUGUAGCGUGACCUUAAACACCGUCAUGAUAAUACUUUUUGCACAUAUUUACUCAUAUAUUAAAUAUUGAUAUCGCUUUCAUUGAAUAAAACUGUGU